CUUAGACGCGAUGAAGAGAGGCCCCAAGGCCAUCCCAAACCUCGCGACUUCUCGACCGCCAGCAGCGGUUCAGGUGCUGCCGUUCGACGCAUCGACCUCGCACGCGAGACUCUGCGCCCAAUGUUUCCGUCUCUUGCCCGCAAAGACGUCGUCCAGGAAGUGCGAGCCUUGUCGCGGGAAGGACCCGGACACUCUGAGCAGGUGGAAGAAGGAGCGCGCGCGCGAGCGUGCUGCCCAGGCGAGCAUGGAGGGCACGUUCACCGUGGAAUUGGCGUCCGAGGGCAAGACGGAGGCACCCCCCUUACGUCCGAGUGCCGACACGGUAGAGAUGGCGGACGCGGCGCGUGGCACGGGCGCGCCGUCGUCGGGUGCGACGAAGAGGAAGGCGGACGCGCUCGACGCAAAGUCCGAAGCUUCGCGCGGCGCUGGUCUUUUUGCGCACAAGGAGUACCAGACAAGCCAAGAGCUCAUGGACGCGCUUUCGCGGGACGUGGAGGCGUCCCGCCCGUCGCAGGCCGCGGCGCCGUCUCGCCCGCCCUACGUCAACUUCCGCGGCUCGUUCACGAUCGUCAUGGAUCCCGACGUCCAGGGAAGGCCGCGCGUCAAGCAGGUCGUCGAGGCGCUCGCGCAGUCGGCGAAGCUGCGUUUCGGGAAGCUCGUCAAGUGCGAGAGCGACGUGUCGCGCGGCGGCCACGCGCGCACGUACUGGUGCUGCUGCAGCCCCGAGCCGGAGCCCCCGAAGCGGUCUGCGCCCCCCGCUCCGCUUAGCCAGCCCACGACCCUCGCUGCAGGCCCGCAAUCGUCCCCAUCCCCGUCUCAGACGCGCACGCCCCCGAAACGCACGCAGAGCACGCUCAUAGGCUGGCUGGGGAAGCCGACACCGAAGGAAGAGGUGACAGAUGCCGCCAACGCGCCGCCACCUGGGUGUGGUGGAACCAUCACCGUGUAUGCUGUCACAGAUUUCUCCCAUCCGCUCGGUAGGGUGGGGAUCAGGGGACAGAAGGUCAGCGUGCAUGUCGAACAUCCUGGACGGGACUUGGACCAGGUGCUCGCAUAGUAGAGUGAAGUACUCGCCGUGCUGGACUGCGUUGUUUUAAUUGGUACAACGACUUGUCAUAUCGCUCAUUUAUACCC